AACUAUAAAUCAUACGAAAACACGAGGACCAUUUCUGUAAUUUACUCUAAAAAGAACAUUAAAAUAAUUUUGAAAAGAUGUGGAUGGUCAUUCCGUACAUUUUUAAUAUUUUUUUAAUUGGAUUUACAGGUGGUUUUGAGUUAGGCGGUUUUGCCUAUUACAAAUGAUAAGUUCCCCACCACGGUCCACGACCAUUAGUCAAUUUAGUAUCGUGCUAAUAAGUAAUCCACUAUCUUUGCACCAGCCACCUACCCAUGUCAUGGGCACAAACAAAGCUACAUGUUUUUAAACUAGAUAAUUACUCAAUUUAUACAAUCACAUAGCUAUAAAUACCUUAGGAAUGUAGAUUCCUAUAACACAUAAAAACAUCGCUCCCCAUCAAAAAGUACAAAGAUGGAAGCAAUUACCUUAAAAUUUGCUUCCGUUGUGCUGUUUUUGUCAAUGAUCACGUUAUUUUUUGUUGCUUCUGCAGAUAGUAGUUAUGGAAAACCUCAGCUUAACGAACAUUUGCCACCGAAACCCGUAAUACCAAAAGAGGAACACGGUGCGUACGAAAAGAGCAACCCUAAGAUACCAACAAAGGCAGUGAUACCAAAAGAGGAAUUUGGAGCCUACAAAAAGAGCAAUCCUAAGGUACCAACAAAGCCUAUGAUACCAAAGAAGGAAUAUGGAGCUGACGAAAAAAUCAAUCCUAAGGUACCAACGAAGCCCGUGAUACCAAAAGAUGAGCAUAUUGGAACCUACGAAAAGAGAAAUCCUAAGUUACCAACAAAACCCGUGAUACCAAAAGAGGAACAUGGAGCCUAUGGAAAGGGGAUUCCUAAGAUACCGACAAAGCCUGUGAUAACAAAAGCGGAACACGGAGCGUAUGGAAAGAACAACCCUAAACUGCCCAAAGAGCUUGUGAUACCAAAAGAGGAACACGGAGGAUACGGAAAGAAUAAUCCUAAAAUACCCACACCAAAGCCUUUGAUACCAAAAGAAGAACAUGGAGCAUACGGAAAAAUAAACCCUAAGAUACCAACGCCUGAAAAGCCCAAGCUACCUAAGGUGUCGGAACACCUGACGAAUAUAGCCGUUCAAGGCCUUAUUUAUUGUAAAUAUGGUUCCAAACUUAUCCCACUUAAAGGAGCGACGGUGAGAGUUACUUGUUUGGCCGUGCACAAGAACGGAUAUGAAUCUGCACCGUUUUCAUUCUCGAGUUGCCCGACAGAUGUGAAGGGUUACUUCUUGGCCAAAAUAUCAUCAUCAGAGCUUCUAAAAAACAAUCUCUGGGAGGUAACUGAGUGCAAAUCUUUCCUUGAGAACUCACCAUGGCCAGGCUGCAAGGUUCCUGAAGAUACCAAUGGAGGAAUCACGGGUGCUCAACUCACCUUUUCUCGUAUGCUCAACGGAUACAGUUUGUCAUCAGUAGGCCCUUUCAUAUACAAUGCAGGGCCCCAACCUUCUUUAACGAAAGAAGGCUACUAGAUCCAUCCAAUAUCCAUCAAUCAUUCUAUUUAUUUUGUUUUCUUCCAAAAACAAUUCAUUGUUUGUUAAUUGAUUUCUUUAAUUUUUUGUGAUCACACAAAGAUGCCACUUGUAAGAUUUAAUAUGUGAUGUUGCUUUUU